CGGAAAACAGCCGUAACAUAUCGAGACAGACCACGACGGACGCCAUUGCAGGACUGCCGCCCCCACGCACCCCGUCGCCGCACACCCAUACCCUCACCCACACACACACCAUCGCCGCCGCCAUCAUGGAUUCCGAGUCGGAGCACGAGCAGCGCGACGUCCACGAGGCCGAGAGCGAGUCGGAGGAGGAGGUCGAGGAGACAAAGCCCAAGUCGGCGCUCAAGAAGCCCAGAGAGGCGCCCGUGCAGGUCGAGCGCCCCGAGCUGCCCGAGCAGCCAGACCCAAGCACAAUCGACUUCGCGACGCUGAGCCCGCUGUCGCCCGAGAUCAUCUCGCGCCAGGCGACCAUCAACAUCGGCACCAUCGGCCACGUCGCACACGGCAAGUCGACGGUGGUCAAGGCCAUCUCGGGCGUACAGACGGUGCGCUUCAAGAACGAGCUCGAGCGCAACAUCACCAUCAAGUUGGGUUAUGCCAACGCGAAGAUCUACCAGUGCGACAACCCCGCCUGCCCACGCCCGACAUGCUACCGGUCGUACAAGAGCGAGAAGGAGGUCGACCCGCCGUGUGAGCGCGACGGCUGCGCCGGCACCUACCGCCUGAAGCGCCACGUCUCGUUCGUCGACUGCCCCGGCCACGACAUUCUCAUGAGCACCAUGUUGUCGGGCGCCGCCGUCAUGGACGCCGCGCUGCUGCUGAUUGCCGGCAACGAGACGUGCCCGCAGCCGCAGACGAGCGAGCACUUGGCCGCCAUUGAGAUCAUGAAGCUGAACCACAUCAUCAUCCUGCAGAACAAGGUCGACCUGAUGCGGGAGGACAGCGCCGCGUCCCACUACGAGUCCAUCCUCAAGUUCAUCCGCGGCACCGUCGCCGACGGCUCGCCGGUUAUCCCCAUCUCCGCCCAGCUCAAGUUCAACAUCGACGCCAUCUGCGAGCAGCUCAUCAGCAAGAUCCCCGUCCCCGUGCGCGACUUCACCACCAAGCCCCACAUGAUCGUCAUCCGUUCGUUCGACGUCAACAAGCCCGGUGCUGAGAUUGACGACCUGAAGGGCGGUGUGGCCGGUGGCUCUAUCCUGACGGGUGUAUUGAAGCUGGGCGACGAGGUCGAGAUCCGACCGGGUAUCGUGUCCAAGGACAACCAGGGCAAGAUCCAGUGCAAGCCCAUCUUCUCGCGCGUCGUCUCGCUGUUCGCCGAGCACAACGACCUGAAGUUUGCGGUCCCCGGUGGUCUCAUCGGUGUCGGUACCCGCGUCGACCCCACACUGUGUCGUGCGGAUCGUCUCGUCGGCUUCGUCCUCGGUCUGCGCGGACACCUGCCCAACAUCUACACCGAGAUCGAGGUCAACUACUUCCUGCUGCGCCGCCUGCUCGGUGUCAAGACAGCAGACGGCAAGCAGGCCAAGGUCGCCAAGCUGGCGAAGAACGAAGUGCUCAUGGUCAACAUUGGCUCGACAGCCACAGGCGCCAAGGUCGUCGCCGUCAAGGCAGACGCUGCCCGCCUCACGCUCACAUCGCCUGCGUGCACGGAGAUUGGCGAGAAGGUCGCGCUGUCGCGCCGUAUCGAGAAGCACUGGCGUCUGAUUGGUUGGGCCAACAUUGUUGCCGGAAACAUCCUCGAGCCCAUUGUCGACUAAGCAUCUGUCUGAGUUGGAGGAGACGAAACCGCGCGCCGACGGCUUGCAUUGCGUUUUGGGCAUUUCAGCGGCGUCGGCGCACUGUGAUAUAGACGACUUUGAAAACCCGCGACGAGAGUCUAGGUACCUGCGAGCCACACGACGCCUAGAGCUGGGGUCCAGGGUCCAGACAGCGGGCGACGCAGCACAGCAGCCGCGCCGCCAUAAAACCACAUUAAUGAGAAACAUGUACCCUGCAACCACAGCCCC